AGCUAUAAAACUUUCAUUUGCGUCCUGCUUUGAGAAACGAUGGGUGUCAAACGAUCACGUUCCGACUCUGACUGUGAAUCUCCUCCCAAGAAAAGGAGAGAGAGUACGGAAGGCGAUUUGCGGUUUAAAGGGCCUCGCAAAGAACAUUUGGAGGACCUGUACCACCAGGGGGAGCUACUGGGAGAGGGUGGUUAUGGAGCCGUGUAUGCCGGCACUCGCAAGGCCGAUGGCUUCCCAGUGGCCAUCAAACAUGCCCGAAAGGAUGACGAGGAGCUAGAACUGCCUGGACUUGACGGGCCCAUCCCAUUGGAAGUGGCGCUAAUGAUGCUCGUCAGCCAUGAGUCAUCUUGUGCCAACGUGCUGAAGCUCAUGGACUGGUUCAGUGGACCAGAAGAUUACAUUAUGAUCCUGGAAAGGCCGGAUCCAUGCCAGGAUCUGUACGAAUUCUGCGAUAGCAAAGGGGGCUACCUCUCAGAAGAUGUUGCAAGGCACGUGCUGGUCCAGGUGCUCCAGGCUUUGCGUCACUGCCAGGACUCAGGCGUCUUCCAUCGCGACCUCAAAACAGAGAAUCUGUUAAUCAGGACGGACACUUUGGAGGUUAAACUAAUUGAUUUUGGCUGUGGAGACAAAUGGAAGGACACCCCCUAUGUGGAAUAUUCAGGAACAGAAGACUUUGCUCCCCCAGAGCUGUUCCUGAGUGGGGAGUACCUAGCUGGCCCCACCACGGUCUGGUCUGUAGGCCUCACACUUUAUGAGCUAGUGUGCGGCUACUUGCCCUUCCGCAACAAGAGGGCAAUCAUCUCAGGCUGCUUGAUAUUCCCCUCAUGGGUCUCUCCUGACUGCUGCAGUCUGAUUCGCCGGUGCCUGAGGCGUAAGGUGGCGGAUAGGCUGACAUUGGAGGAGAUUCAGGUCCAUCCAUGGCUGCAGCAGACGUGACUGCUGACCUGAAGGUCAAACAAGAAAAUAUUGUUUUGUUAACCUUCUGUAAUCAUGAUCAUCUUAAAUAAUGCGCAACUGUCAAAUAAAAGAUUUACUUUCACAAAUGCUCUAUAUAGGUGUUUCUCAUUUGUUCUGAUUUCUUGGUAACAGUGGUUAGUUGAUGCACAAUAUCCUGGUUCCCCGAAUAUCCAAGUCAUAUCAUAAUGAUUUGACC